CACGCAGGCCCGCUGGGCCACCUAAGUUCCUGCCUGCGUUUCUCUCGAGAAGCCUGCUGGCUUAAACCUGAGCUUCCUUUGCCUUCUUUCCCUUUGACAGGCAAGUUCAGAAUGCCCACACGGGCCUCGACCUGACCGUGCCCCAGCACCAGGAAGUGCGGGGCAAGAUGAUGUCUGGCCACGUGGAGUACCAAAUCCUGGUGGUAACCCGGCUGGCUGUGUUCAAGUUGGCCAAGCACAGACCCGAGGAUGUCGUCCAGUUCCUGGUCUCCAAAAAGUACAGCGAGAUUGAGGAGUUUUACCAGAAAUUGAGCAGUCGUUAUCCAACAGCCAGCCUUCCCCCGCUCCCCAGGAAGGUCCUGUUCGUCGGGGAGUCUGACAUCCGUGAAAGGAGAACCGCGUUCAAUGAGAUUCUGCGCUGCAUCUCCAAGGAUGCUGAAUUGGCUGGCAGCCCAGAGCUGCUGGAAUUCUUAGGCACCAGAUCCCCAGGGGCUGGAGACCUCUCCAGCAGAGACGUUUCUGUCCUGGACACAGACCGCCAGGCAGGAGACGAUGAGGAGGCUUUUGACUUCUUCCAGCAGCAGGAACGAGCAGAGAGGCCGCCUACCCCAGGCCAGAAGGGCGAGGAUGCAAGCAAGUCUUCAGAAGAGGAGGAGGGGGAGGCCCUGGACCCUCUGGGCAUCAUGCGCUCCAAGAAGCCUAAGAAACGCCCUGAAGUGGCCGUGGAGCCCAGACCCUCACCCCGGCUCACCAUCUUCGAUGAGGAGGUGGACCCCGACGAGGGGCUCUUUGGCCCGGGCAGGAAGUUCUCCACCCAAGGCCCCGCAGAGGACGCACCCCUCAGGGACCCCCUGAAGUUGUUUGACGAUCCCGACCUUGGCGGAGCCGUGCCCCUGGGUGACCCCUUAUUGCUGCCGGCUGCUUGUGAGAGUGAAGGGCCCCUGUCCCGCCUGGGCCGCAGGAUGGCCUCCGAGGAGCUGUUCAGAGUUGAAGAAGACUUGGACCAGAUUCUGAACCUGGGGGCUGAAACCAAACCCCAGCCCCAGCCUAAGCCCAAGCCGCCAGUGGCAGCUAAGCCAGCGCUCCCCAGAAAGCCAGCCGUUCCCCCCAGAGUGGGCCCGUCCAAGGCCGUGGCUGAGCAGCAGAAGCAGCAGCAGCAGAUCCAAGCCAUGGACGAGAUGGACAUCUUGCGGUACAUCCAGGACCACGACACACCUGGCCAGGCUGCUCCCAGCCUCUUCUGACCCUCCCGCCCUGUGCAGGCCCUGGCCCAGCCGUCCCUCUCCUGUGGAGGGGCGUGUAGUGAGGUGGGCACUGUGCCCUUCAGGCCAGGACCCCUAGUCCCAAGGGAGGGAGGGUGGACACUCUGACUACCCUGUUCCUUUUUCUCCUGUGGGGUCAUGGAAGCCUGCAGGGUGCAGGGAGAAGGUCACCGUAGGAAUUGGAGCCCAGGGGUCUCGGCCACACCUAUGUGAUGGGGAGAGCAUGCAGGGACACCUUGCUGACCAGUAGCCCAGCCCCCAGGAUAGAGAGAGACUGGGGUGCCCAGGGCGCCUUCACUCGGGCAGGGAAACUCCCCACUGGCUCUGCCAGCCCUAGCACAGGAGGCUCUGCCAGCCCAGGUGGGGGCAGGGGCAGAGUCUCUGGGCAGCGUGGCUCCUGGGUCCCGUCAGCUCUGGGCACGUCCACCAGGAGAGGGGUACAGAGUGGGUGCUGGGAGGGCCUGGCUGGAUGGGGUGUCCCCGAGCUGCUUCUGGUUACCAGGUACUAAACAGGGUGCUUUCCCUUGAGUCCAACUUAGAGAUGACAGGCCCAGCCCUGCACCUCUGGGGUGUGGAUGGCCUGACACCCCAGGUCUUCCUUCCUCUCUUUCUUUCCCAGGGAGAGCCUGGCCAGCCAGACCAUGGCCUCCUUGGGCCUCUGGCCAUAGGGCCAGUGUCCACCUUUGCGGCUCCGAGCAGAGCGGUCAUUACAUCCUGCAGACUCUGCCUGGACCUGCGGCCUGGCAUGUGCCUUCUGUCCAGAGUGGGCCUAGGUGGGAUGCUGUCCGCCUGCUGCUUCAGAGGCCUCGUCUGUCCAGUGACGGACGCUGUCGGGCUGUCCCCAUCCCCUGGGUCCGGGCCUGCUCACCGGCCUUUCACAGUGAGAGCCGCCUUCCCAGUGAGGAGGAGGGAGCCCUGUGCCAGGGCAGGGCAGUGCCUUAGCCUCCUCCCGGACCCCUCCCCACCCGGCACACGGGUCAGGACCUGGUGCCGUGCUCAGGGAAGUCUCAGUGAUUGAAUGAUUUUAAUGGAGUAAAGAAUGUCUUUUUUAAAUGUAUUCUUCAUGUUCAGACCAAGUUUUUAAUGUAACACAAUUUUUUAAUGAAACCAAACCACUGUUGUCCCUUGGCUCGUCCUGCCUGACAGAGGCAUUGGAAGGGGGUCUGGGAUGACAACCCAGACCCUUUCCUGAUUGGGACCAACAGCCAACCCUAGGGGUGGCACCCUGGCCCAGGCCGGGUCCUUUCUGCCAUCAGAGGCUCUCGUACUCUGUCCUUGCCCUGUGCCAGGGCGCGCAGGGUGGAGGGGAACACCCUGUCUGAUCUGUCCUGUGUCUCACCCCUGUCAGCUGCCCAGUCCUGAAAAGGCUGCCCUGUCCCUCCACCUGUGCCAGAGAGGAGACAGGCAGUUCUGGGGUCCGAGAGCUGAAGUCCUCUUCUUCUUUGCCUCAUUCAGGCUCCGAGGGCGCCCUGAGCUGGCCAUGGUGUGGCCUCUCAGCCCAUGUCACUUCCGGUUUACUGCCAGGCCUUCACGCCCCACGCAGCCCCACCCAGCCCUCCCACACCCGUGCUGACUGCAGGACACAGCAGGUGGUGGUGACGGGCCAGCUCUGCCCGGGCUCUUUCCCACCCUGCUCUCUGCACCCCAUUCUGUCUUCCCCUCCCACCUCCCACCAACGUGCGAUGUGGGAGCGGAGGGCACAGUGCCCACGGGAGUCUGGCCCUCCAGCAGGGACCUGCCAGUCUGGUGUUGGUUCAUUCGCUGCGGCCCGGCCUCCUCGGUGGCCUGGUGCUCCCCUCAGCGAGGAUGUGCGCUUCCCAGAUACCAAUGUUCACACUGCAGCUGUUCCUCACCGCAGGUCUGUGACCUCCUGCCGAAUCGAUGACACCGAGUCAUUCAAUAAAGUCUGUGUCAGCGAGUCA